AUGGACCUAUUUCGGAAGAUCAACGACAUACUAGAGGCGGCUGAUGCUGAGGAGGCCGAGAGGAGAAGCCCUACAGGAGCUGCCAGCAGCGAUGACAAUCGGGUACUACAGCUACCGACGACGUACACGAUCAGUGGUUCUCAGGAUUUCAAUAGAGGCCGUUCGGUGCAUCCGAGGGCGAGUGGCGAGGUUAGGUCAGAUAGUGGAAUGAGUUGGGCUGCUGCAGCGGCUGGGGGGUCCUCCUGGGUUAAGGGCCUCUCCAAUCGAGCUAGUGCGGCCCUACAGAACAUCGCAACUCCCCCACGAGGUCCUCCUACGUCGACGGAGCAUGUAUCUCUCGGGGCUUACCGACGAUCGUCUCCCGAGCCCUCAAGGGUGGUACCUGACGAUCUCUUCGGAGGAGGGGCGGCAGGGGAUGCUAAUGACGACCUGCUGGUAUGGGAGAGCGAGGCGGCGACCUCAACGUGGAAGCCGAGGGGUCAGCAACUGGCAGGGGGGCCCUUCCCCAGUCCUCCCACUGCUAUCACCCCGAGCGAUGUUUUCAGUGAUGCCACCGCCAAGGCUGGUAGAGCUAUAUCGGAGGAAGAGGAGGGGAGUGAUGAGGGCUCGGCGGGGGUCAAGGAGGAACCAUUACCACCACCACAGGCUCCUUCUGGGGAAGCAUUGCCGCUACCAGGAGCUCCUACUAAGGAAGCAUUACCGUCACCACAGACUCCUACUGAGGAAGCAUUACCGUCACCACAGACUCCUACUGAGGAAGCAUUACCGUCACCACAGACUCCUACUGAGGAAGCAUUACCGUCACCACAGACUCCUACUGAGGGAGCAUUACCGUCACCACAGACUCCUACUGAGGAAGCAUUACCGUCACCACAGACUCCUACUGAGGAAGCAUUACCGUCACCACAGACUCCUACUGAGGGAGCAUUACCGUCACCACAGACUCCUACUGAGGAAGCAUUACCGUCACCACAGACUCCUACUGAGCGGCCACUACCGCCAUCACAGGCUCCCACUGGGAAACUAUCAUCGUCCCGAGAAGCUCCUAUUGAGGAACCAUUGCUGUCACUAGAAGUUGCUACUGGAGAACCAUUGCUGUCACCAGAAGUUGCUACUAGGGAACCGUUACCAUCACUACAGGUUCCAACUGAGGAGACACCACCGCCACCACAGGCUCUCACUGAUCAGCCACCACCGCCACCACAAGAUCUCACUGGGGAACCAUUGCCGUCGCGAGAAGCUCCCACUGAGGAACCAUUACCGUCACCAAGGACUGACACUGAGAAACCAUUACCACCACUACAGGUUCCCACUGGGGAACUUUUAUCGUCACCAGAGGCUCCCACUGAGGAACCCCUACCGCCACCACAGGCUCCCACUAUGCCAUCGACUCUGUUAUCGGGGCAGGCCAUGGACACAUCUCAAUCUGAGGCUAGCGGCAACCCUCCUCAUGCCGAGUUGCUGGAGGAUGGUGAAUCUACGAUGGCUGCCGUCGGUGGUGGCGAGACGACAGUACAGGCUGAUGACGGACGUAGGGUGGUUACAUCCAGUCCGCAUUACCAUGAGGUGGGGGAAGAAGGAGGAGGAGGAGGCGAGUCACCUCUGCCUCCCCCAGCAAUACCCGACACCACCGACGAGAGCCUUUCUCUAUCUACUACUCCUCGGUUGUCGGAGACCUCUAAGGAAAGGGCUGAUAGUAGCAAUGGUGGCAGUAGCGGCUCAGCAGCCUCAUCACCACACGCCGGGGAUACGGAAGGCAGUCGAGCUGUCGUUGUGGAGGGGAGUGGCGGCUCCUCUGGGGAGUCGGGUAGUAGUAGGGUGGUAGUGGAACCCAACGCGAGGAUGUUAGUGGAGAAGGCCGAGAGACUCGAGACGUUGCUGUUGGAAUCAUCAUCGAAAGUCGGUGACCUUGAGAAGGCUCUCGAAUUGAAAGAAGAGGAGCUGCGGGAUAUGCAGCGGACAUACUCAGAGGAGAUUGCGAAGGCGGUGGGCCGCGGGGACGGGUCGUUGCAGAGUCUCCGUAGAGAAAUGCAGAAAUUACGGCAGAGAUGUGCUGAUCUUCAGGAGGAGGUAAGGGAGCAUAAGAAGGGGUCGGAGAGGGACGUGGAGGCGGCCAGGCAGGAGAUGGAGGGGGAGUUGGCGCUGUUGUUGGGCCAGAAGGAGUCGUCUAUUGCGGAUCUCAAGGCGAAGUUAGCGGCUGAGAGGAGCCGCUCGUCUCAGCUUGAAAAAGAUCUUACUACCACCUGUAUGCAGCUUAAAGAGAAGGACGCCUCGUCUACCACUGAGCUCACUACCCUUCGUCGACAGCUCCACGACUACUCCCAGAGCAAUACUGAGUUGAAGAACGCAUACGCUAACGCCAACGCAGAGGUGGAGAGGAUGUCGUCCGCGAUGGCCAGUGGUGGGAGGCGAACUGAGGAGCUGGAGAAGGCGGUGGCGGCUGCAGAACUGAGGGCCGAGAAUGCUUCUACCGAAUCUGCCAAGCUCGCCCAGCAAGUGUUUGAGUUGCAGUCAAACCUUCACGAGAAGGACCUGGCAGCGUCAACAUCAGAGGCGAUCGAGUCGGCCAAGAGAAGGGUAACUGAGCUGGAGGACACUCUGAGGAAGAGAGAGCAGAGGAUUGAGGAGGUAGAGGAUGAGCUGCGGCAGACCAAGGCUUGGGCGGAGAGCGAUAAGGAGAGGUUCACCACUCGUAUAUCAGGAUUGGAGUCGGACCUAGCCUCAGCCAGAACUGCUUUAGAGCAGCAGUCGUCAUCACCUCCUACUACUGACUUACAGGAAACUAUAACACGUCUACAGAAGGGUAUGACUCAGGCGGCCCAGGGUCACAUGCGGGAAGUGGAAGUCCUCCAGAGACGGAUAUCUGAGAAGGAUCGGCGUAUUGAGGCUCUGGUGUGCGAGGUUAACACCUACCGUAAUGACCAACAGCAGGAGUCAUCAUCGUAUAAGUCGGGACGUAGCGAUAUCGAGUUGGGGGAGAUGUCCCCUAGUGGAACUCCGAGAGUGGGCCGGAACAAGCGAAUACGAGACGGUAUGGUGGAAUUGCGAGCUCAUGGGAGAUCUCCCAUCCUUAAGGUCGUCAAUGAGAUAGAUACAGUUGCCCGAGGAGCGGUUCGGCAGCUCGUACGCUCACCCUUUGCCCGAGUGCUCCUCCUUCUCUAUACUGUAGCGUUACAUGUUUGGGUUUUACUCAUUCUGCAGUGGUCCCUUCGGGAGAGUCACACCGCUGCAGCUCCCGAGCAGUAGUAGUAACAUUUUGGAGUCAGUUGUGGUAU